CCCUCGCGGCGCGGACGCCGGCCGGUCUUCUGGACGCCCACCGCGGCCCCGCCGGCGUUCGCGGCAGCUCCCCCUGAAGGAACAGGCCCUGCGUCCCGGCCGCCGCCGCUCGGGCGCGCGGCCGGCUCCGAGGCGCCGGUUCUCGCCGCCGCCCCGCCCUCCCCCCACGGAAACGACAGCUGCGGCGGGGCCGGCGCCGCCUCCCUCCGACCACGUCCGCCCCCGCCGCGCGCACCCCGCGCCCCAGCCCGGCCGCCGCGCCGCCGCCUCACGGUAGGUCCGCCGGCCGCCGCGCCCGGCUGCCCCCAGGAUGAACAUCAUGGACUUCAACGUGAAGAAGCUGGCGGCCGACGCGGGCACCUUCCUCAGCCGCGCAGUGCAGUUCACAGAAGAAAAGCUUGGCCAGGCAGAGAAGACAGAAUUGGAUGCUCACUUAGAGAACCUCCUUAGCAAAGCUGAAUGUACCAAAAUAUGGACAGAAAAAAUAAUGAAACAAACUGAAGUGUUAUUGCAGCCAAAUCCAAAUGCCAGGAUAGAAGAAUUUGUUUAUGAGAAACUGGAUAGAAAAGCUCCAAGUCGUCUGAACAACCCAGAACUUUUGGGACAAUAUAUGAUUGAUGCAGGGACCGAGUUCGGCCCUGGAACAGCUUAUGGUAAUGCCCUUAUUAAAUGUGGAGAAACACAAAAACGAAUUGGAACAGCAGACAGAGAACUGAUACAAACAUCAGCCUUAAAUUUUCUCACUCCUUUAAGAAACUUUAUAGAAGGAGAUUACAAAACAAUUGCUAAAGAAAGGAAACUAUUACAGAAUAAAAGAUUGGAUUUGGAUGCUGCCAAAACCAGACUAAAAAAGGCAAAAGCUGCAGAAACUAGAGCUUCACACCUAAACUCAGCUCGCCUUGAAGGAGAUAACACUAUGGUAAAUUUCUCUCACAUGCUCAACUUCCUGCAUGUAAAAUGGCUGAAGUCUGAACAGGAAUUAAGAAUAACUCAAAGUGAAUUUGAUCGUCAGGCAGAGAUUACCAGGCUUCUGCUGGAGGGAAUCAGCAGUACACAUGCCCAUCACCUCCGCUGCCUGAAUGACUUUGUAGAAGCACAGAUGACCUACUAUGCGCAGUGCUACCAGUACAUGUUAGACCUCCAGAAACAGCUGGGAAGUUUUCCAUCAAAUUAUCAUUGUAACAACAACCAGACUUCCGUGGCACCUGUACCAUCUGCCUCGUCAAAUGCGAUUGGCUCUUCUGCCUUGACUUCCACAAGUGGCCUAGGACUCACCUCUCCUUCCAACCUCCCUGACCUCAAGGAGUGCGUUGGCAGCAGGAAGGCCAGGGUUCUGUACGAUUACGAUGCUGCGAACAGUACCGAGCUGUCCCUGCUGGCGGACGAGGUGAUCAGUGUUUACAGUGUUGCUGGAAUGGAUUCCGACUGGCUCAUGGGGGAAAGGGGGAACCAGAAGGGCAGGGUGCCCAUCACCUACUUAGAGCUGCUCAACUGAUAGGUGGACGGCGACAGACACCGUAUUUAUACACACCUAACGCUUAGUACAGCAGGCUUAACGCCCUUCCGUGUUAAUGUCUUAAGCGACUGAAAAGAAAAACCAGCUCUCAGAAACUGGCCUUUCUGCCAGUAAAACUGCAUGGUAAAUAUUUUGUUGCAGAAUUUAUGUUAGAGCUUUCAUGCCAAGAGUGUUUUCUUACAACAUUCUCUUUCUACUGAAGUUUCACUAAUAAGUAGCUUCUCCUUUCGAGCCCCACCUUAAAACUGUUUUCUACUGAAUUUUUCAUUAAUGGCAAGCUGUUUCUUUUAUGUAAAAUAAAUUUAUUGUGAAUUGACA